GUGCGAAGCAAGUUGGUUAAGAGCAAGUUGACAGAGACGUGUUUUAUUUAGCACAGUCAGCCGGUCUGUACACACACACACACACAUCAGACGACCAUCGUGCAAGUCGACCGUCCACAGAUCAACACAGGAAUAUUAUGUGCCUUAUGUUUUUGAGAUAGUACAGUUAAGGAAAAAAACUACCAUACCCAAGCAACAACAAGUAUAUACAGAAUGUCGACGAUACAGACCCAGCAAAAAGACACUACUUUUACUAAGCUCUUUGUGGGAGGCUUGCCCUACAGUACAACAGACAAAUCGUUACGAGAGUAUUUCGAUAAUUUCGGCGAGAUCGAGGAAGCUGUAGUGAUAACAGACAGGCAGACGGGCAAGAGUCGAGGCUAUGGAUUCGUAACGAUGGCUGAUCGACCAGCUGCGGAGAGGGCCUGCAAGGACCCAAACCCUAUUAUCGAUGGGAGAAAAGCUAACGUUAAUUUGGCAUUUAUCGGUGCCAAACCAAGAGGAGUUCCGCAUGGUUACACUUUUGUCGCCCGACCAGGACAAAUUCACCCCGCUUUUUUACAAAGCCAAUACGGACUACAGCCACAUUAUAUGUAUCCCCAGUACAUGAGUGCCGCACAACCCAGCGUGGUGGUACCAUCUCCACAUACCCCACCCCCAACACAAGCCUAUGUGGACUACUCAGCCUAUGCUCAGUACCCAAAUGGAACUGCCUAUGAUGCUUCAACAUAUCCAUAUUCAACUCAAGGAUAUGUAUCUCCUGCUGCUGCGUAUGGUUAUGCCUUGCAGCAACCUCUGUCUGCAACUCCUGCUACCAAUGGACAUUUCCCACAGUACCAGCAGACACAACAGAUCCAAGAACGGAUGCAGUAGUAAUCUUUUUUCAUCACAUCACUGAAUCCAGAGAAUUGAAAAACUAUGCAGUUCUAUUGAUCAAGAACAUUUACAAGUUCACAGGAGAAACACCAACCUUGUACCACAUACAUCUGUACUAUUCCUGUACAUAUGCUGAAUACCACAUACAUCUGUACUAUUCCUGUACAUAUGCUGAAUACCACAUCUGCUAAAAAAACUAUGCAACAGCUUUGUUUGUGUAAAUAUACUUAUGAUCAGUUUCAAUUAAACUAUCUGUUAAAUUUGUUUCAGUUUUUUUUAAUUGUUGAUCAGAUCUACAUGUGUAUAUAUAAGAAGCAACAUCAGGGCUUAAAAACAGUUUUUAAUCUUCAGACUUCUGAGAUAUAUUUCUUGUUAUUUGUGGAGGAAAUUGUCUUAUGGAUAUCAACCUCUAAGCGAGGUGAAUUAUGUUAAGUGGAGGUCCCAAGUAUCUACAUUUUUGAGUUAAAGUUUUCCAUUAUUAGAAACUGAUAUAGACAUUCUUAUUGUCCCACUGGAAAGCUACUCAAAUGCUAAGGUUUCUCCUGUGAGCUUUUUUUACCCUCUGUUCCCCAUUUUUAAUGGAAUGAUCCAUAUUUUAUGCAUAGUAUGUGGUACAUUUUUUUCCGGAGAGGGGUGGGAAGUGGGGUGACAUUUAUAAGGGUUUGAAUAUGUAUACAACUAAUUAUUCGUUCCAUAAAAACAGAAAAAAAGAAAAAAAAUCCAAUCCAAAAUUAUGACAAAAAUUCAAUUUUUGUCAGAAAGAAAAUUCAAGAGCAGUUUAAUAAAGAAUGAGUCCAAAUAUUUUCAAAUUUCUAGUAACAGUAGUUUAUAUUGACUGUGUCUUGAUGGUUUAAGGCAGUCCACACAAAACUUAGAAUACAAAAAAUACUGAGCUCAUUUUUACAUAUUUUAGAAAGCUGUAUAAUUUAAGUGUACUAAUAGGCUAUAUUAUUUGUAAUGGCGUAAAACCCGUCCACAUGCAUUCAACUUUUCCUGCCUUUAGGAGGGUAUCAAUAUUACAGUACAUAUUAAUUAAGGAGACACUAUGUUUAAUCAGGGUUAUUACUUAAACCAGAUUGUAAAUUUUUAUUUCAUCAACAUAUACUGCAUGCUUAUUAUAUUAUGCUUGUACAAUUAGUUUGGAAGUCAGUUAAGUGGAUGGAAACACCUAAUGGAUUUGCUAAUAAGCAGUUAUUUUCUCAAUUUGGCAUUCGUGAACUAAUCAAGCUAGUCCUUGUUUCUUAUACACCUGACUUGAUUCUCAGUGGAUACGACCAAUGUUAUCAGUUGGUCAUGGUUUUAACACACAAAAAUGCUGUUUGAUUCUUGUCCAUAUAUUUUUGUAUACAAACAAAAUAUUGGUUAACAGUUGAUUAUUGGUUGGCUGACUUUUAAGCUAAUAGUGAACUUAGAUACUAUAGAAAGCUAACUUUUAAGCUAAUAGUGAAAUUUGCUACUAGGAAGUUUACUUUUAAAAACCCUUCAAUGUAGCUGAAAAUAUGUAGUAUAUGUAUGAAAUUCAAUUCAAACAAAGAAAAUAUUUAGAUUUCUAGAAAGUACAAUAUUUUACUUGUCAGUCUAAAUUGUUACUUUGUUGUAUUAUUAUUAAUUGGCUAAGUUAAGACCUAUUACCAUGAACUUUUCACAGCAAUUUUAUCAAACCAAAGACUUAAUUAUGGUACUUAACUCUUAUUUUAUUUCUCAUCUGCCUCUCGGUGGUGUGUUGUAGCAUCAUAAUUCAGGUGUCUUUAGAAAAUUAUGCAGAAAUCAUUGAAACCUUGCAUUAUAAAUGUAAAUAAAUAAGAAGGCUGUGUAAAAUGGUUUCAGCACU